GUUGCUUUUUGACCUCAUCAUCGACCGCUGGCCUGGGAUUUCGUGCCGCUCGCUCUCUCAUCCGUACUGCCCAUCCGCCAACUUCCCCCACGACGCCCCUUCUCGUACAUUCAUGCUGUACGACCCCUCCACCGCAAAGCAAUUGAAACCAUGGCUUGUCCGGACGCUUGAGCCAAUCUGCGAUGCUGAACCAGGUGCUUUGGCGGAGUACAUUCUGGCCUUGUUGAAGCACAAUGGCCCUGAGAGCGAUCUGCGGAAGGAGUUGACCGUGCAGCUGGAAGAGUUCCUAGAAAAAGAGUGCUCUCGCUUCAUUGACUCCCUCUUUGGCGUGCUCCGCUCCAAAUCUUACCUUCCCUACGACGCGCAAGGCCCCGGAGAUGCCGGGAUCCCCAUUCCUCUCGAUGCGCUGGUCCCCUCCAUCCCGGACGGCCCCAAUCGUAAUCGCAGGAAGCGCGACCUGGACGAUGUCGACGACCGCGCACAUCCCCCGAAGGGCCCGCGAUUAUCCCAUGAGGCUGCACGCUACCGCGAUCGUGACGCUGGAGGCGGCGCUUAUGACCAACGGAACGGUCGCGGCAACUGGGCAGGACCAAGCAAUCAGCCAAUGAACGGCCCGGGUGGACCUAUGGGCAUGAACAUGAACGGAGGGAUGGGAAUGAACCCGAUGAUGCAGGCGCAGAUGCAGCAGGGCCGUGUGAGCUACCAGCCGCCGGAUGCAGCGCGGAGAGGGCUUUGCAGGGAUUACCACAACCAUGGCUACUGCUCAAGAGGCGACAUGUGCAAGUACAGCCACGGAAACGAAGCCUUCGUCCCGGGAAUGGCCAUGGGCUUCCCAAUGGGCGCCGCCGGCAAUGGGUUCAUGCCUAUGAUGAUGAAUGCCGCUGGCUUCACAGGUGAUAACGCUGCAUACGACCCGAAUGAUCCUGCUCUCGACAUCCGCGUGCCAACUGCCCCUGCUGCUCUCCGCAAUGGCGUCAAUAACUCUCGCGCUCCCUACCUUCGCCGCGAACAACCGAACCAACGCAUCCUGAACUCCUCCGGCGAGCUCCCCGUCAUCCAAGAUCUGACGCCUCAGAAAAAGCAGAUGCAGCAGGCGGCACAGCAAAACGGCAACGGCGGGGGUUCGAUGGACGAGUCGGCGAACGACGGGAGACCAAAACGCGGCAAGCGGGGGAGCGGUGCGACCAAGAAGGGCGCCAACUCCGCGGCCGAGCACUCAGCUGCUCUACGUCCUCCUCGAGGAAGCACGAAAACGCUCGUCGUGGAGAAGAUACCCAUGGAGCACCUCACAGUGGACGCGAUCACGACGUGGUUUGCGCGUUUCGGCACCGUUACGCACGUCGCGAUUGAUCCCAACUCACGGCGAGUAGGCAACGGAAAGGCUCUGGUGUCUUUCGCCGACGUCCCGGAUGCACAGAAGGCAUGGAAAUGCGAGGACGCCAUUUUCGGGAACCGCUUCGUACGUGUGUUCUGGCAUCGGCCCAUGGAGGGGCAUGGUCAGCGCGGUCUGCAGGCUCUGGAGAAGAGCGCGGACCAGGUUGCCCGCGUCAAUGACAUGGAGGACGUGAAGGCGACCCCGGCUGAAGCUACGAAGCCUCAACCUGCAGCUGCUCCCGCGAAGAAGCCGACAGGAGCCGCUGCAGCACUCGCCGCUCGCCAGGCUCUGCUUGAGAAGCAGAUCGCCGAGCAGAAGGAGCUCAUGGGCAAGCUCACUGCCCCGGGCACAACGACAGAGGAGAAGAAAGAGCUUAUGGCGCGGCUUCGGACUCUCGGCGAGGAGAUGAAGAAGCCCGCCGCGACGCCGGACGACGACCGCGAAAAGCAGGAACGCGAGCGGCUCGAUAAGGAGCUCGAGCUCCACCAUGCCGGCGGCGACGAGAUGGAGGGGGUCAAGGAGGGUAGCGCCGACGGCGAGACGGCGGAGACGUUGAAGGCGAAGCUCGAGCGUCUGCGGUCGGAGGCAGCGAGCUUGGGCAUCAACCCGGAUGCACCGCUGUCGGCGCCGGCGCCGAGCUAUCGCGGUGCUUACCGCGGGCGGGGACGUGGUAGGGGACGUGGGACGUUCUUCCGCGGAGGCGCACCUGGCAGCAUGAAGCUGGACAAUCGUCCAAAGAAGCUGGUGCUGAAGGGUGUUGGCGCGGAUGGACUGGAGCAUGCCAAGAACUGGUACCAGUCUACUGGCCAGCUCGACACGAUCGAGAAGAGGGACAAUGGCGAUGUGGUCGUUGGCUUCAAGUCGCGAGCUGCUGCUGAACAGGCGCUUGCUAAAGGCAACGACGUCCCAUCUUUGGGCCACGUUACCAUCGUCUGGCAUGGUGCAUCCGCGCCGACUGCAACGCAAUCAUCAGCGUCCGCCGCAACGUCCAAGGGUGCUACGCCAGCGCCCGACCACGCUUCUCAGCCUACGGAGCAAGGAGAAACCGGUCAUUCGUACUCGCCAGGACCAGAAGCGUCCUACUCGGGCGGAGCUGAUUGGCAUGACGAUGUCGACGAAGCUGACAUGGGGAUGUGAAUGUAGAGUGCCCCGUACGAUGAUCACGCAGCAGUUCCUCGAAGGAAGGAGAAUAAUAGUCAUGCAUGCAUCGUUUACUUAUUUUAUUGCUGUACUACCUUACGCCGCCUUCGCAAAGAAUCGUGCUCGGGUUCCCCGUGCGUCUGGAACCCGUAGCUUGUAGGCACC